AUGGCUGGAAUAACUUCAGCUCUGUUGCUCUUUGCCUUUACCACCACUGUCUGGCAACAGACCGUUAUGGGUGGUUGUGUGCCCGAAUAUGCCUUCUAUCCACCAUCCUAUUCCAACGAUGCGCUUCGUGAUAUUUUCCUCGACAUCCAACAGUCUCUGAAUGCGUUGAUUGAGCAACAAGAAGCAUUCAAUGACACCUCAUUCGCCCUAGAAAUCUCCUCCUCGAAAGAAACCCAUUUCAAGUUUUAUCACACAAUGCUUCGGGCAACCAAAGACAGCCCAACAAAUACUAUAAACGGCUCGACCAUGUUUCGUAUCGAAAGCAAUACAAAACUUUUCACUGCGCUGGCUGUAUUGAAGCAAGAGGCAUUGGGGCAUCUAGAUCUGGGUGAUUCCAUAUUACGCUAUGUGCACGAUCUCAAGGCCGACAAAACCUCCUUCGAUUGGGAGAGAAUUACAAUCAGAUCUCUGCUCGCACAUAUAACCGGCCUCCCAGACACCUUUGCGGAUGAUGAUUUGCUCUUAUUGCUUGCGAAUCCCACUGGGUACGGGCUACCUCCUGUGUCGGAUAAAACAAUGAGCACUCUGCCACCAUGUGGAGUCUUCCGCAACUACGCAGAACCUUGUACUGAGAAAGAUCUUCUGCAGUCCUUGCCACAAUAUGGGUCUGUCCUUCCGCCGCAUGUGGAGACAUCAUACAGCAACAUCGGUUAUGAUCUCCUUGGUUUGGUGACUUCCAAUGUUUCAGGAAUGAACUACGGGGACUAUAUAUCGUCGUCAAUUUUGCAACAUCUCGGCCUGAACAAUACUUCUUUCACGCCGCCGGCGCAAAGUGCCGCGAAACUUCCCUAUCCAAGUGCCUGGGGCCAGGCAACAGGUGUUGACGCAGCUUCCUCUUCGGACAUGAUUCUGUUCGUGCGCCACUGCCUUCUGAACCACGACAACAUCACGCCUUCUCUUGACUGGUUCUCACCCACAGCAUACUCGGCCGGCGAACACUCCUUCCUUGGCUACGCGUGGGAGAUCUUCCGCACCUCAAGUAUCCUGCCCGACAGCGAGCGCGUGGUAACUUUCGUAACCAAGGGCGGAGGCGGCACGGAAUACUAUAGCUACAGCAUCAUUCUGCCGACCUACGACCUUGUCGUGUUUAUGGCCGCAGCCGGAGAACUACCCGCGUUGGACAAUGUAUUUGCUGCCGUCCGUGACAAACUCGUCCUCGGCGCCAAGCGAGUUGCACAGCAAGAUGUCAAAACGACCUGCGCGGGAACAUACUCGGCAUCAGCGUGCAUGAGUUCUAGAUCCUUGUGCAGCCAGAAUUCAGCCGGUCUCAACUCCUCAAUCACCAUCGCGCAAUCCUUGUCUCUAUCCCUAUCCAUCGCGGCGUGGAUCUCAAACUCCGCAGACGCGCUACACGCCCUCCUCUCCGUCUCCGGCGCCAAAAGCGGCCAAACCGGCAACGUGUAUUUCCAAUUCACGCCCAUGUUCCGAGCCAUCCCGGGUCCUUCUUCGGGCGGUAGUAAUCGUACAGGCGAGGUAUGGCGCUUUAUUAACGUGAUUGAUGAUACUGAGGUGCCUACGAACGCCACUAGCAUCUGGGACGAUUACUGUGUCUCGAACUUGGAUCCGUUGAGGUACGGCGGUGUGAGUGUAAAUGAGGUCGUGUUUUGGAGGGACGCCCAGACGGGGCUAAUUGAGGAGAUUCAAAUUCCGGCGUUGCAGGUCGCGAUGGGGAGAUAA